AUGCCGAAACAUGCGAUGAGUGUGAAUAGCUACCUCACCUCAUCGCCAUCAUGACCUACCAGCGACAAUGCUCGACUUCAUGGACUAUGUCCAGGCGGUCUUCCACGCACGAACGCGCUGGGACCGCGACAACAGCUAUGCCUCCCUGACCACGGCCGCCCACAAUCUCCUCGACUUCGACAUUCCCCAUGGCAUGCGUCUGCAUGUUUCCUCACUGAGCUCGUCAAACUUCGCGACGAGCUACACCCUUGGCGCGAAAGGCGUGGUGGACGGUAGCUUGAGCUUCUUGUACACGAGCUUGGGCUUAAGCCUACCGCAUCGGAGUAGCAGCAUCCAUUUGCAGAAUCUUGUCCUCGGUUACAAACACCUUAGUGAGUUCGAACAAGUCAGCGAGCCACGUUGGCAGGACCUGUGGCGACAUAGCAAGAAGGACGAGAGGAAAGAUACGUUACUGUACGGGAGAUUGUACCUGCCCACCAGCACGCUCGAAGCGUUGUAUCUGCGUCGCAUUUCGCCAAAUCGGAUAUUCCGACUGAACUGUGUCUCGGACGGCAGCCUUCCAAACGGAGGCUCAGUCCUCGCCACUCUACAAAAUGAUUUUGGCAAGUACAGUACAGAGUUCUUAUACUCCACCGAUUCUUCCCUACUAGGUUUUCGUGGCCUGUACAACUUCGGUUACGACCCUCGCCGGACAGAUGCAAAGCUCUCGCCACGACCUCCGGCGCACCCAUGGGACCAUCAAGGCGGCAGACUGAGUGCGGGCGCCGAAGCCUACUUUAGCCCCGUUAACAAGAGCGCCGGUAUCAGCACGGGCCUGCGUUUUACCACAUUACCGGUUCACAGUGGCUUUCCGUACACCAUGACGUUGACUCUCAACCCGCUCAUGGGUAAUCUUAGCUCAACGUACGCGGUGAAAGCUGGUCCGGACGUGGCGUUUUGCUCUCGUUUCGAUUUCAAUGUAUACAGCUAUGAGAGCGGUGUUGUGGUUGGCGUGGAGUUGUGGCAGCGGAAGCAGUCAUCUUUGGACACGAUGUGGGCGCGCAGCCUGCUAAGACCGGAGUGGACUCGCGCCCCAGACGAUGUUACUGGCGUACUCAAAUUCCGCAUCGAUAACCAGGCCAGAGUCGGCUUGCUGUGGGAAUCUAGGCUUAAGGAACUGCUAAUCAGCGUCGGCGGCGGGUUUGAUCUGAGAAACAGGGAGAGAAUGCUUGGUACUGUGGGUCUGGAAGUCAGCUAUUCGAACUGAUAGCAGUUUGGCAGGUCUCGCUGUUGCGCGUACAUUCUGCACGCUUAUCAUGACAUAACCCACACUUUCCCAAAAUAUGGUACAGCAGUAGUUUCGUCGUUUGUUCGUCAAUAAUGUGCAAUACAUUAGGGUGAUACUGUCAGAGCCGCCGGCG